AUGACUUCUGACUGUAACUACGACCUGGGAUCUGUGGAAUGGCUGGAGCCUGCGUGGCACACUGCCUUGGGGGUGCUAGAGAUCUCAGUGAACACUGACAACGGCCCCGACCUUGCUGUGGCGGACUCAAACCAAGUGUCUCCAAUCCCUGGCGCUCUGCCUGCGGUCGACUCGACUGGGGCGUCGAGGAGCCAAGUGAAGCAGGACCGAUCGCAGAGGGCAGGUGACGGCCAACGACGUGUUGCCCGGCUGUCGACGAGGGAUUGUGUGACGACAGAGGAACGCAAUGCCGUGUCGUCUGAGGACACUUUGCGCUUUGACAGGGUGAACUCCCUCCACGUUGACAACCACGUUAACCGACCGUCAGUAGACUUUUGCGGAGACCCUUGGAGUACCCCUGACCAGUCUACGUCCUCUGUGUCUCAGACGACGGAAAAUGCGGUUGACCCUUCGGUGUCAGGGUCCACUCAGCCUUUCAUCAGUGAAGCCCUGGAAGAUAACCUUGAUCCAGACACUGAUGAAAAACCUCUGAACUCCAAAGACCACGGUGUGUCGUGUGACAUUGACGAGCUUUUAUCAAGUUUGCAGUUAGGCAUCACUGUCGCCUGUCAAGAGGACCAGACUUUGGAGGCAGACUGUGAGGGUGAUGGAAUUGCGCUUUUAGGUCAUAGCGGUCAUAACCGUCAUCGGUGCGAGUCAGUCGUGAGGCCCAGAGGAAAAGUACAAGACAUCACUCAGCAGUGUUCAUAUGAGACUGACGACAGCCGUGGCUACGCUCAAGACCUCUGCAUGUACGAUUACAAAUUGAAUCGAGACCAAACAUCUGCGUGGGCUUCUGUGCCACACUACAAUUUGACUAGAGGGGAGAGAGUGGACAAAAAUAUGGAGGGGAGGAAGAAUGGAGAAGAGGGUUGUGACACGUCAUCCUCAUUGUGUGGCAUGAACUCUCUGAGUGAGCAUACUAGACAGUGGAGGACAAUCAAGGAAGUAGAGGCAGAAAUAGUUCCCAAGCCAUACCUGAGAGACCUAGUCAUGUACAAUGGUUUCAACCAGCUAGAUGAUGAGAGAGUGGGAAACCAGCUGAUCCUCUCUUCUCUCUCAAGGAUUCUCAAUGACCUGAAGGAGGAUAUGGCUUAUUGGAAGUCGUUAGGAAAGAGGGAGAGUCAACUAAUGAGGGAAAAUGAGAGAAUGGAACGUAGGCUGAACGAGAAAGAACUGAGGGACUUUACCGGCGCGGAAGAGAGGGAGUUUAUCAGUGGCAAAGGUUGGAGGACAGAGCGAGAGCAGGAGGAAUGUGAUGUGGCAAAAUGCAAGUCCUCCUUGGCAGGAGUGGAGAGCCCCAUCAUAGGGCUCCAUCCCAGCAGCCAUUCCCCACCACUGCCCAAAGAAUUGAGCUCAUCCAAAACCAGCUUCAGCCGCACCAAUCCCAAAACCCUGUCGGUGAGGCAGAUAAUACUGCGAAAGACACGCAUUGCCUACCAGAUGAAGUGCGUGAAACGUUGGGAAGAGACAGCAAAGGCUGGUGAAGUGUUUACACUGACUGAAGGAAGUGGAGGGUCUGCAGAUAGGGGCGAUGGAGAGACUGAGAAGGAAAUUAAAGGGCAAAGAAAGAAAGGUGCAAAAGACAACAGGUCAAAGGGCAAAGUGAAUGGACGAGCGGAAGGUGAAGAACGGGGCAAAUUAGUUCUGAAGGAAGUCAUGGGGACAGAUGACAAAACGGCUAAAGUACGAAGAGGACAGAAGAGUAAGGACAAGCGAAGAGAGCAGCGAGAGAGACAACGAUGCAUCAAUGAAACAAAGGAAAAAGCUAGAAUGGACAUGGAAAAAAGGAAUGAAGUGAAAGAGGAUGGGACCGUAAGAAAGAUCUCGGAGGAAAUGCUGUCUGAGGACUGUUGUGUGGAAACACAUUCGGGAGAAAUGGAUGAAAGAAAAAAAAACAAUGAACUGACAGAUGGGGGAAUGAGGAAUACACCACCCGGGGCAGAAGAGGCUAGAGAGGACAGUGCUGAGAAACUCCCUGAUGUCAGAGAUGGAGAAGGUCCCAGAAAAACAGAGCAGCAGAAGGCCAGCGAUAGUGAUGAUACACAAAACAGUGCUGGAGAGAUUUGUAAAGAAAUGGAAGACACUACAAAAAUUGGCAUCUCUUGUGCUGAACCUUCCGUCAUGGUUCUAGACAGCCAAGCCCCUGCCAGGUAUAGUACAGACUCCCAAGCACCAUUUAGGGGCAAGGGAAAACGACUACGUAACCACCUGUACCAGAGACGACGAGGACUUCAAGGUGAGAGGAAAUCAAUGGGGGAAGCAGUCAUUGUCCCUGUGUGUCUGCCUCAUGAGCUAAGAACUCAUGGUGGGUUGAGAAGGACUGCAGACUCGUGGAGCAAGGGGGAAAGAGGCCACAAGGAGACAGACAUGGCUGGCCAAGAUGAGAAAGACGGUGUGUAUCGGACAUGGCGAGACCAAGAAAAAAAAUUCAGGGAACCGUGGAAAAUAGACACAGAGAGGGGUUGUGGUAAGAGUAGAAGAGCUUGGCAGAGGGGAAACCAGUUUCGGAUAUUUUCAAAGAGGCAAAGGUACAACUGGAGUGAGCCCCAUCCAUCAGAGACCAGUGGUGACUGGAGGAACAGAGAGGAAAAGGGGGUGGAGAAUUAGAUUGUGAGUAGGCGGAGCAGAGACCUGAGAAACCUCAGAAGGGGAAGAGCCAAUAGUCUUCCUCCUCCUGAAGGGAGGAAAUACAUGUGAAAAAUGUGCCGAAAAUAAAAUGUACAUACCAUAUAUUAUUACUCAUUUCAAACAUUGUUUUAGACGUUAUUGUUACAACCACAUUAAGAGACCUAAGUUAUAGGUGACCCAAAUUAUAAAAUGGUGCAUAUUGUCCUUACCCUGUAAGCCAAGGUAUGAUAGGAUUACGGGCAUUGAUUUAGUCUAAAUUCUAAUCA